AUGGCUCUAGAAAGCUUUUCCCUGCAAAUGAGUGAUGUCUCCUCAAGCUUCGUCGAACUCAUGUACGAAGCCAACAAGCGCGGCAACCUCGCAGGCUGGCCUGAAGCCUCCAAACUACAGUCCUUUCGACAGGACUUCAACUCUUGGGUCCGAGAUCACGGUAUGAAACUCGACUCAAGGAUUUCCAGUUCUACUCCGAGCUAUCCUAACGAACAUGCCGUCAAACGAUCUGCGAUCAAGCUAACACUUUCCACCCUGAACUCCCAAAUCCAGCUGCUUAAGCAGGAUUAUAGUGAUGGCCCUGGCGUACGCACGGCAUCGGGGGCGCAGAGUAAUGCAAGUAGCGUUGAGAGGAGCUUGACCGGUCUUUCGAGGCGGUCUUAA